AUGGGGCAUUCUCCGCAUAUGAAAUUAGUUGUCGUGAUGAAAUGUUUAUGCAAAAGUACGGCAGCUGAUAGUGCCGAUGAUUACACUCGUAUGGGUGCCACUACAAUAUACUAUUAUCUAAAAAGAUUUUGUCACACCAUUUACAUGACUUUUGGAGAAAGAUAUUUGCGUAAACCUACUCCUGAAGGUGUCCAGAGGUUGCUAGAUGAGAAUGCGAAACAAGGUUUUCCUGGAAUGCUUGGUAGUGUUGAUUGUAUGCAAUGGCCAUGGAAGAAUUGUCUGAUAGCUUGGAUAGGAACUUACCGUAAAGAGAAACAUAGUAGUCUGGGUGUAGCACCUCCAUGCAAUUAUGUCAUCAAUGGUCACCAAUACAAUAUGGGUUAUUUCUUAGUUGAUGGUAUCUAUCCAAAGUUGACUACAAUUGUACAAGCUUUCAGUCAGACAUUGGACAUUCCCGAGUAUGUGAGAUUCAACAAGUAUCAAAUGGCUAAAAGAAAGAAUGACGAGCGUGUUUUUUGA